GGUAUUACCUAUUUCUACUAUCGUGGCUUCUGUCACAUGUCAAUAUUUUUAUAAUCUAUGCCUGAGCCCUCGGCUUAAAAUCUUAAAUUAAUUUGUUUAGAAAUGUGAUGUGAUGAUCUAAUAAAAAAAAUAUCAAUCAAACCUAUAAACUAAAACUUAAAAAAUCCUGAAAAGUUCAAGUUUAAAAGUUCAUUUAAACACUGUAAUUAUUUUUUUUAUUUUCAAAAUAAAGAAUAUAAUUAAAAAUGUCACAACAGAUUAUUUAUUUUAACAAAAAUGUCUAAAGUGGAACAAAAAGAAGAAAAGAUUAUCGACUUUGAUCCUAUUUUGCCAGAUAAAGGUAUUUUAUUUUAUGAAGAAUGUCCAUCCGAGUAUGAAAUUGAGAGACCCAUACUUUUGCCACUGAAAUCGUCAACGCAAAUUCGCUUUGAGCAAUUACAACAAGAGGCUGUACGAGUGUGGAAAGAAAACCAGAAAACCCCUAAGAAAAAUUAAAAUAAGUACCUUUCUAUCAUAAAUGAACUGUAAACAAACCUACAAAAAUGGCUUAUACAUUGUUUGUAGUAGAAAUCAUUUCAGCGUUUAUACUAGCCGCUACACUUUUAUACAGAUAUGGAGACUGCUACAGGAAUCACAUAUUGGUUACCGUGUCUGUAUUAACAGCAUGGUAUUUUUCAUUUGUUAUUAUGUUUAUUCUGCCUCUGGAUGUAUCUUCGACAUUUUACCGUCAGUGUAUAGAUAACUCAACGACAACCACACUAGAGGCAGACCCAGGUACUACAACAUCACCAGAAAAACAUUGUCAGGAGCCAUGGAGCUAUGUACCAGACUCAGUGUUUCCCAAUCUUUGGCGUGUCGUUUACUGGACGUCACAAUGUUUGACAUGGCUUAUUAUGCCAAUGAUGCAGUCAUACAGCAAAGCUGGAGACUUUACUGUGAAAGGAAAACUAAAAUCAGCAUUAGUCGACAAUGCUAUAUACUACGGCUCAUAUUUGUUCAUAUGUGGCAUUCUGCUCAUAUACAUAGCAUUGAAACCAGGAGUAUAUUUAGACGGCUCAAAGAUAAAGGCAAUAGCAUCUUCUGCCAGUAACACUUGGGGAUUAUUCCUCUUAAUUCUACUGCUCGGUUAUUCACUAGUGGAAGUACCAAGGAACUUAUGGAACAAUUCAAAGAAAAACUAUACUUUAACAUACACAUACUUUAAAAUAGCAAAAUUGAGCACAGACAAGUGUGAAGCUGAAGAGACUGUCGAUGAAAUUUUAGAGAGUUUGAACUCCGUUACUGCAGCUGUGGGCCCUGGUCAUCCUCUAAAUCAGCAUGUUGAAACAAUAGUACAGAAGUUACCCAUACAACUACGUGAUAAACUGAACUCACGGGCGCCACCUGAAAGACCUACUCCACCUUCACUUAAGUCACUUGUGAAUUUGCAUAAGAAGACAAUCAAGGCUCUGCACGUGCUGCAGCGCACGGAGACGCAGUGGGCGCUGACGCUGGAGCGCGUGCUGCACCUCGAGGACGUGGCGGCCAACGCGCGCUCGCCCGACGCGCGCUUCGCGCACUCCUUCCACACGCCGCGCCCGCGCCUCGCGCGCCUGCUCUACCCGCCGCUCAUAGAAUGGUAUUGGGAGUGUCUGCUGAAACAAUAUUUCCUGAAAGCGAUGGCUGUGGUGACGUGCAUCAUGUCUGUAGCGGUCGUGUGGUCAGAAGUCACGUUUUUCUCCAAAGAGCCCGUGUUGUCGAUAUUCGCUAAUAUCGUCAUUGCCGCCAAUAAAAACUACAAUUACGCUGCUAUCGUGACGAUAUCAACCGUAAUAAUUGGGUACAUGUUCUACUGCGCGUACUCUACCGUGCUCAAAAUUCGUCUCCUGAACCUGUACUACCUGGCGCCUCACCAUCAGACCAACGAAUACAGCCUUAUCUUCUCAGGCAUGAUGGUCUGCCGGCUCACACCCGCCAUGUGUCUCAACUUCCUAAGUUUAGUUCACAUGGACUCCCAUGUCAUCAAACAGAGGGUUAUGGAGACGUAUUAUACUCAGAUAAUGGGACACAUGGACGUGUUAGGCAUCAUAGCGGAAGGUUUCAACAUAUACUUCCCAAUGUUGGUAGUUCUACUGUGUCUGGCUACAUAUCUCUCACUGGGCAGUAGGCUAUUGUCACUUUGCGGUUUCCAGCAGUUCGUUGGUGAUGAUGAACUCACUACCGACUUAGUUGAUGAAGGAAGAGAGAUUGUAAAGCGAGAAAAACGUAAGCGUCAACGAGCAGAAGAAUCACUAGCAAGACGCCGUGAGUACAACGACCGAUUCUCCAACUACAGGACUACAAGGGACAACCAGGAUGGAGCCCGCACCGGGCUGCUUCACGACGUGGACUCAGAUUACUACGUCACCCCGAGCCCCGAGACCCGGCGACCAUACAGUGACGUCACCAUUGAGGACGAGAUCGACCGCCGCUUCGGGGCCGGGACCCUCCCCCCGCACCCCCCACGCAGCAUGACGAUGCCGCCGCGGGGUCUCUUCGACGACGUGUAG